AUGGCUGCCCUCACUAUGACUCCUACUCGCCAGCCAUUUGCAAGUUUAGACAGUCCAAGGGUCCGUCCUCUGAUGCAGUCCAGACUGAAUCGUCAAAAUCAACAAGUUGAUGCCAUUCUCUCAGCAAAAAAAACUCCAAUCUUCACAGAUGCAGAAAAUAUUGAUCCACUCACUCAGAGUCUUUCAUCUAAACGCAAGCGCACUUUAGAUGAUGUCGACGAAGCUAUCUGCAAGGGCUCUCCCAAGCCACUCAAGACCUCACGUAUAGCCCAUUCUCCUCGGGUCUUGGGUGUCUCCCCACGCAGUCUGUGCACCCCCUUGAAGACCAAGAUCGCCACACCCAAGUCUGCUCCUAUUCCUAAACCAGCUGGACGUAGCCCACCACCCAAGUCAUCCCGCUCAAUCGGCCGGUCUGUCGUUGCUAAAAGCCGAACUGAGCAGAUUAAGCGUGGUGUAGCUGCACCAUUCUCCCUUGCUACUGCUCUAUCCAAGGGUCGAGCUGCAGCUGCGAGGCCGAAGCCCCAGCCAAAGCCUACAUCAUGGUUCUUUGAAAUCCAUGUUGACUCCGAGCAGGAGGAGAUGACCAAUAUCAUGCAGCACUCCACUGAUAACCUUGAUCUUAACGCUGAAGGAAAGAUCUCUUCGGAUGGCCGUGGUAAGGAGAAUGUUCCCCCUGCUGAGCUUGGCAUUGACCUCCCUCCCUCUAUUGAGACUGUUGCUUUGGCUGCUGCCGCUGCCGUUGUCAAGACCUCCAAGAUGGAUGAGGAUCGUGUUCCUCUUGGUGAGCUCGAUGCCUCAGACUAUGCUCCUGCGGACUCUGACUCCUUUCCCCAUUUCAUUGUUCAUGAUGAUAGUGAGAAGGAGACUGGAAAAGUCCCUGGAUUGAGAAAGACCCUUGUUCCUUCGUCCCUCUCAAUUGCUUCUGUUUUGGAAGCUGCUUGUUCGACAGAGGGUACUGAUAAGUCCACUGAAUGCUCUGCCGAGACCGAAGCCAGCCUGAGCUCGCAGAAGGAAACCGAGUCGUCUCCAACUUCCUCACCUGAGUCUUCUGAAUCUUCCGAAUCUUCCUGA